AUGUCGGCAAGUAGCCACCCCAGCUCUUCGUCAGCUGGUGAGCAUGGCUCUACGCCGAAAGGCCCAAAUAAAAAACGGCUUUGGCGUCUCCUUUCGGCCCAAGGCCGGGUGACGAAGGCCUUUAAAGUCGAGCGAACACGGGAAUGGAUUAAACAGCAUUUCCCCUCGGUCCAAGACCAGGUGAUGAAGCCCCCUGAAGCCGAGCAAAAACCAGAAUGGAUUAAACAGCAGCGCCCUUCGACGCAAGACCAGGCGAUGAAGCCCCUUGAAGCCAAGCGAAAACCAGAAUGGAUUGAACAGCAGCCACUUUCGGCCCAAGGCCAGGCGGCCAACCCCCCCAAAGCCAAACGAAGUUUUUGGGAAUGGGUUAAACCGCAGCGCUUGCCGGCCCAAGACCAGGCGGCGAAGCCUGCCGAAGCCAAGCGAAACCCGGAAUGGGUUGAACAGCGUCUUCCCUCGACAUUAAUGGCGACCACGUUGGAGAAAUUCCUUCACGACAAGCAUGGCGAUCAAUACUUUGUUGAGAUGCGAUUUGAUCAAUACACUCUCUUUGCUCCUGAACCAAUGACAGAAGCAGAAAUCCGUCUCUGUGAACGAGGGUAUAAGUAG